AUGAUGCUGCUCAUCUCGUGGAGUGAUACCAUCCUCCAGCCGCCCUUCUCUUCCUCCCGUGACGAUCCUUCCUUCGAAAGCACCCACAUCCCGCGGCCCUUCUUCGGCCCCGCCGACGACGAACCCGCCCACGAUCACCAGUCCUCCAGCCUCGUCGUCAGCACCCACAAGCGCUCCGCCCGCGACGACGACAUGGUGGGCGGGACCGGGGGUGGGUUCUUUACCAUCGCCGGGUCGGGGGCAGCGCCGGUGGCAGUGGCGGCCGGCACGACCGUCACGGCCGGCUCCUCGUCAGGGGGUGACAACCCGGAUGACCCACCAGAGCCGACGACGAAGCCCCCGGAGAGCUCCGAGCCGCCAACCAGCACGGAGCCCACAAGCACGGAGCCGACCAGCUCGGCACCGACUGGGCCGCCCACGCCGUGCCUCAUCUUCCCCAAGGACGGCGCCACGAGCCAGGACAAGACCGAUUUUAUCUCUCUCCUAGACAAGGAGCUUGGCAAGGGCAACUACCGGGAGACGACCGACACGGUGCAGCUGUUCGUAAGCGCCAAUAUCACGGCAACCCAGAAUGCGACCAUCUCCGCAAACUCAUUGGUCGGCGGCGUCGAGCCCAUUGUGCAGAUGGACGACAACGCAGGAGAGGCCGUGCCGGUCCAGAACAGCAAGCGCGAUGAAGACGUUCACGAGAAGUGGUGGAUGGAGUCGCUGGACAAGCUCGGGAGAAUUAAGAAGCGUGCCGUGGUGAAGCAGGAAAAUGCGCCCACCGAGCUUGUCAUGUUCUCGCAGCCGCCGCUGGUGGACCUCAAGGCUUUGAAGAGCUAUACCUACGACGACAGUGCGGGUGCCGACAUCACUGUCUACGUCUUGGACUCGGGGUACUACACGAAGAACAGCGAGUACACCGGGAUGGCCAAGAAAGCGCGCUGGAUCUUCGGGGGCUCCCAGGCUGACAAGUCAGUCGAGGAGGACCUAGGCUCCGAUGGGCACGGCAGCUGUGCUGGGUCCAAGGUCAACGGGCCCAAGUACGGCGUUGCGAAGCAGGCCAAUCUCGUCGUUGUGAAAGCCUCGACGAACAUCGAUGAAACACUCGACAGCCUGAACAAAAUUUUGGAAGAUGUGAGAAGCAAUAAGUUGCAGGGCAAGGCAGUCGUGAACUUCUCGCGUGGGAUCCACAACCCGAGCAGAUUCACGCAAAAGAUGAUGGAGUACUACAUCAACGAAAUGAUCAAGGAAGACGUUGUCUUUAUCACGGCGUCUGGAAACGAUGACCGGGAAGAAGUCGCGGACGGCAAAGCGACUGCGGCCGACAUUGAUUCCUAUCCGCCGUUGAUGGCCGCCUCCGGCUCCCCGAUCAUCAAUGUUGGUGCUGUUGACAACACUGGCAAAAAUGCCUCCUUCUCCCAGGGUGGGCCUCUAGUCCAUGUUAUGGCGCCAGGACAACAAGUCCAGUGUGCUGCAAACUCUUAUCUCUUCGGGACACAGAAACAAGAUGGAACAUCUUUUGCCGCGCCAGCCGUAGCUGGCCUCGCAGCAUACCUGCUCGCUUUGGGAGAAUACCCAGAGCUUUACCAGACCGGGAAAGUAGCAGAGAACAUGAAGAAGCUGCUCAUUGACAUGGCCUACCAGCGAGUGCCAGACGGUGGGCAAGUCGUGUUCAACGGCCAGGGAGCCGUCUGCUCUCGCCCCAGCAGCGCCAAGUUCAGGCGUCAAGACUUGAGCGGCGAGGCCUGCUCCGCCGUCUCGUCUACGACCACCCUGCCAGCAACCCCUACAUCAGCCCCUACAUCGGCUCCACCACCAGCGACAACCUCGAACCCACCCGCCGAGACGACUGCCCCGGCACCUCCGCCUGCGCCAAAGACCCUGUUCUCGCUGAACGAGCAGAUUGGCGCAGGUACCCAGUCAUGCUUCCCCACAAAUGACUUCUCGGUGACGGCAGGGACGACCUAUGGUUUCUCUUUCGACGUCGACGCAAACCUCCUGGUCAGCAUCCAGACUGGCUCGACGGACGAGGGUUAUCACCAGUUCAUGGGGUCAUGGACAGGGACCUUCUACGCCGAGUCGAGCUCAUCACUCAGCAUCUGCGGGACCAGCAAGGCGUCUGGCUCCCUGCCGCUGGCCUUCACCAUCACUGAGGAGCCUUCGCAGGCGGUGGCAGCGCCGUCUGGGAAGGAGGUCUUCAAGCUGGAUGACAAGGUGGCGUCCGGGACCACGUCGUGCUUCCCAACCACUGGCCUGAACAUCCAGGAGGGCAACUACGGUUUUUCGUAUACUACGUCCGACGGGGUAGUCGUCCAAAUUGGCGAUGACAGCUCCGGCCCUAAGUACUUUUCCGGGAAUAGGGCGUCCGGGGCUGGCCUGAUGUAUAUCGACUUCUCAGGCGGCAGCAUUUCGAUUUGCGGGACGAACAAUGGGGGUUCUGAGGCGCCUAUUUCUUUGACUAUGACGCAGUGA